UUAAAGUUUUCAAUUUUCGCCGACACAUGUAGCUGCAGUUUCCCUAUACACGUUGCCUCACAGUCCCACACUCGAUUCAUAUGCAAAAGUGUUUCUGUUUAUGUUAAUGAAUGAAGUUUCGAAUCUCAGAGCGCCCCAAGUUGUCUCCUUUUUAUCUAUGGCGACACCUCCAUUCGUUUUAUCUUCCUUCUUGGCUCCGCUUAAACGUACAGAAAAAAGAUAGAUAAAACAAAUAUAUACUGCCAUAUAAACAGAGAGAGAAAAAUGAAGAUGGUGAAGGGUAUAUCUCUGCUUGUUUCAGUGAUCAUGGCUUGGAUUUCAGGAUUGGGUUUUGUUAGAGCAGCUACUGAUCCCAUGGACUUGCAAGCACUGGAGGUUAUAUAUACUUCACUAAACAGUCCUUCACAGCUGACUGGCUGGAAGGCUAGUGGUGGAGAUCCUUGCAGCGAGUCGUGGAAAGGAGUUGCUUGUCAGGGCUCUAAUGUUGUCUCGAUUGAAAUUUCUGGACUGGAACUGAAUGGAACACUGGGUUACAUGCUCAAUGGUCUUAAAUCAUUGAAAACAUUGGAUAUGAGCAGUAACAGCAUCCAUGACUCCAUACCAUAUCAGCUACCACCCAAUCUCACAAGCUUGAAUCUUGCAUACAAUAAUUUAAGCGGAAGUCUUCCUUAUUCCAUCAAUGACAUGAUUUUGAUUAAUUAUCUGAAUCUUAGCAGCAACUCGCUCUAUCAAUCGAUUGGAGAUGUGUUUACCAACCAUUCUGACCUCGAAACCUUGGAUCUUUCUUUCAACAAAUUUAGCGGAGAUCUUCCUCCUUCCUUGAGUUCAUUGCCAAAGCUGUCUACACUUCACUUGCAGGACAACGAAUUGACGGGUACUCUUGAUGUCUUGGUUGAUUUACCUUUGAAUGAUUUGAAUGUUGCAAACAAUAAUUUCAGUGGAUGGAUACCAGAGGAACUGAUUUCCAUUCCUAAUUUCAUAUACAAUGGAAACUCGUUUGCCAAUAGUCCUGCUCCUCCACCGCCACAUUUCACCCCGCCUCCUCCUAGUCGAAGAUCUCACAAUCGCAAUCGUUCUCCACCUGAUCUGCAUAAAGAACAAGGCUCUGAUGCCCAACCGCCCAAUCCAGAUAAUAGUAAUAGGAAUAGAAAGAGAGGUUUGUCAGCUGGAGCUAUCAUAGGCAUAGUUCUUGGAUCUUUAUCAUUUGUUCUCUUCGCCAUUUUUGGACUUGUCUUUUGUCUUCGGAGAUUCAAGUGGAAGGAAAUUGCAGCUAGACCCUCUGCAGGACGUCUUACUGGAAACACGAAUAAAGUUCUAGUGAGUAGGGAGGCGCUCGAGCAAAGGGCUAUAGACUUGAAGCCUCUACCGAUGGAGAAAAUGAGAGUUGAUAGCAUACAAGGGAGGAACGGUUCUUUGAAGCGAGUGAACUCUGCUAUAAGUGCCACUCCUUAUACUGUUGCUGCUCUUCAAACUGCCACAAACAGUUUUUGCCAAGAAAGCCUUGUAGGUGAAGGCUCCAUUGGGCGUGUAUACCGAGCAGAUUUUCCAAAUGGAAAGAUACUGGCCAUCAAAAAGAUCGAUAGUGCAGUGCUGUCAUUGCAAGAGGAGGAAGACAAUUUUCUUGAAGUUGUCACAAAGAUGUCAAAGCUGAGGCACACGAACAUCGUGCCACUCGUGGGGUACUGUGUAGAGCAUGGUCAACGCCUUCUCGUCUUCGAGUAUGUCAAAAAUGGCAGCUUGCACGAUAUGCUGCAUUUUGCAGAUGAGAGGAACACGAUGUUGACUUGGAAUGCCCGGGUUAAAGUUGCACUUGGCACUGCUCGAGCAUUAGAGUACUUGCACGAAGUUUGUCUGCCUUCUAUCAUACACAGAAACUUCAAAUCAGCAAACAUCUUGCUAGACGACGGCCUCAAUCCCCAAUUAUCCGACUGUGGAUUAGCUGCUCUGACACCAAACAUGGAAAACCAGGUUACAUCAACACAGAUGGUUGGUUCGUUUGGUUACAGCGCGCCUGAGUUUGUUUUGUCGGGAAUAUAUACUGUUAAGAGUGAUGUGUAUAGUUUUGGCGUGGUAAUGCUCGAGUUAUUGACAGGAAGGAAGCCACUUGAUACUUCAAGGACGAGAUCAGAACAGUCUCUAGUGAGAUGGGCCACGCCUCAGCUCCACGAUAUAGAUGCCUUGGCGAAAAUGGUUGAUCCCGCUCUAAAUGGCAUGUAUCCUGCCAAGUCAUUAUCCCGCUUUGCUGAUAUCAUUGCCCUUUGUGUUCAGCCUGAACCCGAGUUUCGCCCUCCUAUGUCUGAGGUUGUUCAAGCGCUUGUCCGGCUAGUGCAAAGAGCGAGUGUAGUCACGAGACAAUCAAGCGAUGAACCUGGAUUUGCAUACAGGACUCCCGAGCAUGAUUCUACUGACAUGCCGUUCUAAGUACUAUAAAUUUUUGCGACUUUGUAAGGAAUUUCGACAGAUGUGAUCACUGAUAGAAAGUGAAUAGAGGAUACCAUCUUAUAUGCAAAGAAGAAAUAUGAAAUAUGUAAUUAUUUUGCAAUUUCCUGUUUUUGUAAGAACUUGGAGUUUCAAUAUAGGCAUAUCUGCAGACAAUUUCUUGCUGCAUUUACAUUCC